AUGCCUCCCACUCGUCGUCGCGGUGGCCAGGCCACGGCCACCCGCUCGAACCAGGCCACCCUCUCAUUCGGAUCUAAGUCUAGGGUUACCAAGCCAUCGGUGACCCCGACGCAAACGCAGAAGACCAAAGACCUUGAACCACUUAUCGCCUCUAUUUCUGAGAAAACCCCAGAGCCUGAACAAGUGUCGGCUACACCUACUGAGCCUGAGCAGCCGCAUGUGGCGGAGCUUGCCGUGAGGCAACAAGCUCAGGAGGAAGUUGAACAGCCCUUGUCGAAAGAAGACAAAAAGGCGAUUAAUAUCACCGAGAAGGACCUGCAGCAAUACUGGAGGAAAGAGGAAGAGAAGAUAAGGGGACCUCGGUUUCACCAGCAAGACCUCGCACUACAUGAAAAGAUUCUUCGACAUUUCGAUCUUUCCAGUCAAUUUGGGCCUUGCAUUGGAAUUGCUCGGUUGAAGCGAUGGAGACGUGCGAAUUCUUUGAAUCUCAGCCCCCCAAUUGAGGUCUUGGCCGUACUACUCAAACAUAAAGAUGACGUGAAACAGAGGGCAUACGUUGACGAGCUUCUAUCCUGA